GUCUAUCUACGCGAUAUUCUUGCUGCAUUCCUCUCAGAAAAUAAGAAGAAGUUUAUGGCUACUCGAUCGAACAUUCAGUCGAUAAAUGAUCUGGGUGUCAACUGUGUAGCGCCGCAAUUCAUGUGCCAAGAUUUCUACUGCCAAUUUUGUACGGACAUUGGGAUUUUCCCUAAAUCAACUAACGAAGCUGACAUUUUUCACGGUUGUUUAUCAUUUGAUUGA